AUGAACUCGUCCCAUCUUGCCUCACCCAUUGCCCCGCCGCAGCUCAAUAUCCCUCACUCCACUUAUACAGUCGAUAUCCGGGUCAUUGACACUGAGACCCUCAUCUACUUGGAUCCCAAGCUCUUCUGGCAGCCAGAACUUGACGGGUUUGACGGUGUUCAUGCUCCUAUCUACUGUUUUUUGAUCUCACAUGGUCAACAACAUGUCGUGUUCGAUCUAGGUGUCCGUCGUGACUGGGAGAACUAUGCGCCUAGGAUCGUCUCACUCAUCAAGGCAACAACCGAAGUCAUAGUUGGCAAAGAUGUUGCUGAAGUACUUGAUGGAGAUCAGAGUGGGGAAGUGAAUGUUCAUAGCCGCGAUAUCAGCUCUGUGAUAUGGUCGCACAAUCAUUUCGACCAUAUCGGUGACCCCUCUACGUUCCCAGUGAGCACAGAGCUCGUCGUAGGGCCGGGAGUACGUGAUGCUUCCUGGCCCGGUUAUCCAAGUCGCGCUGACGCCGGACUGCUCGACAGCGACGCGGAUGGGCGCGUCGUCCGUGAGAUCAGCUUCGAGAGUGGCCUGAAAAUUGGUCGUUUCGACGCCUUUGACUUCUUUGGGGAUGGAUCAUUCUACCUACUGGACAGUCCCGGUCAUGCUAUUGGCCAUAUUUGCGGCCUCGCACGUACUACCGCGGCUGGUGAUGGGUUGUCAUCGUCGGAAUCAUCAUUCGUUUUCAUGGGCGCCGACGCCUGUCAUCAUCCGGGCGUUCUCCGGCCAACCGAGUAUCUUCCGCUGCCACAAUCCAUCAGACCACCAUUGUUUCGUUUCGAACUAGAAGCUAAUGUUGCUGCAUGUCCCGGUGAAUUUCUUGCGCAGCUCAUACCAAGUGGCGACCCCGCGGAUCCAUUUUUUACUGUCGCCAACACCGCCUUAUUUCCAGACCAUGAAGCCGCUAUGGAAACCGUGAAAAAGAUUCACGAGCUAGAUGCCGCCGAGAACAUACUCGUGGUGAUCGCACACGAUCUUUCUUUGCGCGAUCGGAUCCCACUCUUCCCGAAACGAAUUAAUCAGUGGCAAGAAAUGAAUCUGAAAUCGACUACACGGUGGCUAUUCUGUCGUGACUUUGAAGAAGCAAUUCGAAGGAGAUAA